UUAAUUUCUGCGAUUUGUGGGGAUUUCCGUCUCACAUUUCGGAAUAACUCGUGUUCAUAUAAUAUCAAAAGUUGACGUAGUUCAUGCAUAUUGCAUUGGUUUGGUCGGUCUUAACUCACGCUAGCGGAUUUCCUAGCUUUUUCUCCGUCCACAAGCCGGAAUCUGUUCUUAAAUUUCUACUCCAUCAUACCUGCAAUUUUGCAUUUUUUAUUGCAAUUACCACAAAUCUUUCAAGAUGGCAUCCCUUCGUAUCGGUCAAGCUGCUCUUAGAGCAUCCAUUAGAGCUCCAAAAUUCGGUGCAAAAUCCGCUGCCUUUAAUGGCUUGCGAUGCUAUUCAUCGAAAACUCAGGUAUACCCGAAACCUUUCGUCAUGCGCACAAAUCAAUUUUUACUAAUUAUUCUUCACUCCUAGACUUUGAAGGAGCGUUUCGCCGAGCAACUCCCAGAGAAGAUUGAGCAAAUCAAAGCUCUCCGCAAGUAAGAAAAAUCUAUCUUAUCGAUGACCGAAAAACGGCACACAUAGCAUUUAUACAUACUUAUACUCGCAGGGGUUAUGGAAGCAAGGUCGUUGGCGAGGUUACUUUGGACCAAGUCUACGGUGGUGCUCGUGGUAUCAAGUCAUUAGUCUGGGAAGGGUCAGUUCUCGACUCCGAGGAGGGUAUCCGUUUCAGAGGAAAGACUAUUCCAGAGUGCCAAGAACUCCUCCCCAAAGCACCAGGUGGACAAGAGCCUUUGCCAGAAGGUAAGAAAUUAUAUGACAUCCAUUUUCAUGCGCAGUGGCUAAUAUAACCCGAGGUCUUUUCUGGCUCCUUUUGACCGGUGAAGUCCCAAGCGAGCAACAAGUUCGCGAUCUUUCCGCUGAGUGGGCCGCUCGUUCCGACGUACCAAAAUUCGUCGAAGAGCUCAUCGACCGAUGCCCAAGCGAUCUCCACCCAAUGGCACAAUUCUCCCUCGCUGUCACUGCUCUUGAGCACGAGUCCGCAUUCGCCAAGGCUUAUGCUAAGGGAAUGAAGAAGACCGAGUACUGGGGUCACACUUUCGAGGACUCAAUGGAUUUGAUUGCCAAGCUCCCCACCAUUGCCGCCAGAAUCUAUCAAAACGUCUUCAAGGGCGGAAAGGUCGCUGCUGUCCAAAAGGACAAGGAUUACUCCUUCAACUUUGCCAACCAACUCGGAUUUGGCGAGAACAAGGACUUCAUUGAGUUGAUGAGAUUGUACCUCACCAUCCACACCGAUCACGAGGGUGGUAACGUCUCUGCCCACACCACUCACUUGGUUGGAUCUGCUCUUAGCUCUCCAAUGUUGUCCCUUGCUGCUGGUUUGAACGGUCUUGCUGGUCCUCUCCACGGACUCGCCAACCAGGAAGUCUUGAACUGGCUCACCAAGAUGAAGGCUGCUAUUGGUGAUGACCUCAGUGAUGAGGCCAUCAAGAACUACUUGUGGUCUACUCUUAACGCCGGUCAAGUCGUUCCUGGUUACGGUCACGCCGUUCUCCGCAAGACCGAUCCCCGCUACAUGGCUCAGAGAGAAUUUGCCGAGAAGCACUUACCAUCGGGUAGGCCACAGUCGACCACGUGAUUUGGCAAUUUCGAACUAACAAACAUUCACAGACCCUAUGUACAAGCUUGUCAGCCAAGUUUACAAGAUUGCUCCAGGUGUUCUCACUGAGCACGGAAAGAGUAAGUUCAUUCUAUAUUUUGGAUGGCACCCGAGGUUAUGGAGGGGUGGAUGGCCGCCCCGCAUUUCCUUAACCCCUCCCUACCCCUGUCAUACCCCCUCACAUCCAUUUGCCCCGACCAAUUUUGGAAUAUCUUCACUGACUUUAUAUCCUUCUCCUUUACAGCCAAGAACCCAUUCCCUAACGUGGAUGCUGUAAGUUGACAACCAUCCCCAAAGAUCCAUAUGUAAUAACUGACGUUUCCCUAGCACUCUGGUGUCUUGCUCCAAUACUACGGUUUGACUGAGGCCAACUACUACACUGUUCUCUUCGGUGUAUCCCGUGCUAUUGGUGUCCUUCCACAAUUGAUUAUUGACCGAGCUGUUGGAUCCCCAAUUGAGCGCCCCAAGUCCUUCUCCACCGAGAAGUGGGCCGAGAUUGUUGGAGCCAAGUUGUAAAAAGGGUAGUAAAAGAAUUGGAGGUUGAGGGGGAAGUAAAAUUUCUGGUAUAACAUGGGCGCCCUGAAUUAAUGACCUAAAGGAGAUGAGCGGCGCUGACUCGAUAGAACCAACCAUUGUAAAAUUGUAGAACCGUUUUUUUUUUGUUUUUUUUUUCAAAAAGUUGAGUUGAAGGUGCCCUAGAGCAGGAACACGCACUUUUACUUAUCCUCACGAUGUUCCUGUGUACAUUUCAUCAGCCUGCUUUUACUCAAUAAUUGAACUCCACUAUCAAUUAUUUACUUUAUGUGUUACUGAAAUAUCCAG